AUGGAUCAGUGCAGCUCUGGAUCAGCCCCAGUCGAGCCAAAUACCAAGCGCAGGGACUAUAGAUGGGCAUUAUUGGCCUUGGGACUCAUCGGGUGGCUGUCUGCUUUUAUUGCAGUGGUUAUUUUGUUCCGUCACAACAUGCGCGAUCUUGCUCGCCGUUUGUCUUCGCCUCCCUCAACAUCCUUACAGGGUGUGUUCCAAGUCAGCCGGCCCAUUCAAUUCAAUGGAAGCGGAGCUAAUGGCUGUGAUGUGGAAAUAGUGCUCAUGGAGCAUAUAUUUGGAGCAAGUUAUGGGGUGCCCUUCGUCGGCAACUAUGAGCCUCCAGAUUGCAAUUUCGAUACCGUUCGAAUCGACCUCACAAUCACCUCCCGGGGAAGACAGUUUGACCGAUUAGCAUCCAUGUACCUCGGAGACAAUGAAGUAUUUCGGACAUCAACAGCAGAGCCGAGGGCAGAUGGAAUUAUAUGGACAUAUGUUAAAGAUAUGUCGCAGUACAAUUCGCUGUGGAAAUCACCCCAGACACUCAUCUUCGACUUGGGGAAUCUUAUUACCGACGUCUACACUGGCUCGUUUAAUGCUACACUCAAGGCACAUUUUUCUUACGAGAACAACGUAAAAACAGCAGACCUCAUUCUCCCAAUCUCUGCUAGAAAGUCGACCUCGAACUCAGCAAGCGCUUUUCAUCUCCCUAGGGACAACACAACAGUUAUGUAUACAAUCCCAGCAGCCGUGUCGCGUGCAGUUGUAUCGAUAUCAGCAUGUGGGCAAUCACAGGAAGAGUUCUGGUGGUCCAACGUCUUCUCUGGGGAUACUCAAGUUUUUGAUGAUCCCGUUUAUGCACUGUACGGAUACACUCCGUUUCGGGAGAUUCAACUGUAUAUUGAUGGGGUCCUUGCAGGGCUUGUUUGGCCAUUUCCGAUCAUUUUCACGGGUGGGCUGGCACCAGGACUCUGGCAUCCGAUCGUUGGGAUUGAUGCAUUUGAUCUUCGAGAGCCGGAAGUCGAUAUUUCCCCAUUUCUCUCCAUGAUCCAAGAUGGCGAGCAGCAUUCAUUUGAGAUCCGGGUUACCGGGUUAGAUGUGUCUCCAGAUGGGGAUGUCACAUUUUCAAACACAGUGGGCUCUUACUGGACUGCCAGCGGCAACAUCUUUCUUUACUGUGACAGUGAGAUCCCUACUACCAAGCCUAUUGUUGCCCGACGAAGUGAACGACCCGAGAUAGAAGACCCCCCACCGACGUUCACUGUGACUCGGGACAUUGCCCAAAACAAAACAGGCGGAAACGACUCCUUGUCGUAUUCUGUGAGUGUCAAACGGUAUUUCCAGGCGAAAUCCUCUUUUUAUUCAUGGGUUCAGAGUUAUUCUUUCUUUACUCAAGGUCUACUUAGCCAGCAAGGAUCCAAACAGGUCCACACACAACUCACGACCGGCAAUAAUACUAUCACCAAGCUUGGCGAGACGCUUGCUUCGCACAGUGUUGCAUUUGGGUAUCCUCUAUUUUUCAAACAAUCGUAUGGCAACUUGGGAGAUGCAGUGACUGUGAGAUCUCGAAUGGAGAGAGGUCUUCAUAUUGACGCUACAGGAGGACUUGGUCUCUCCACUUACACCAUGAGCUCAGGACCAUCUCAUAUACACACACGUCAAUCUGGUGAUGCGCACUCUAAAUAUAUCACUGAUCAGAACUCCAGCUCCUGGGGCGAAACAUUUGAAGAGUUUGCAAGCAGCAUGGAUGGCCAAAGUUUCCAACGGACCGUUCUUGCGUCUAAUGGUAGUCUUGUUUAUGACAUAACUUCAUAA